AUGCCUAAUAGCGUGAAUUUCUAUGUAGGAGAGAUGGGGACGGCCAAAUUGGAUCGAUUGCGGGAAGCCAUAAGUUAUUUGACUCUGCACGAAAGAUCUGCAGUUCUGGACGCCAUAGCCUGCAUGGAACCAGGUGAAGGAGCUGGAGCCCUCAGCGCCAUAAGCAGAAUUGAGCCAGAUGAAGGGGCUAGAGCCCUGACCGCCAUAAGCUGGAUGGCCCCGGACGGAAGAUUUACAGUUACAAUGGCGAUAAGCCAAAUGGACCAAGAUGAAAGGAAUGAAGUCCUAACCAGAAUAAGUCAGAUGUCCCUAAGGGAACGGGCUGAAGCCCUGAACGCUACAAGCCUCAUGACUCCAAGCGAUCAGGCUAUAGCCCUGAGCGCCAUAAGCCGGGCACGCAUGCUGCCUAGAGUUCUACCUAGAGUUCUAAUCGCCAUAAGUCAGAUCGACCCAGUCGAACGAUCUGGAAUUUUAGGCAUCAUAGGCCGGAUUGAUCCAGAUGAAGGGGCUGAAGCACUGGCUGUCAUAGGCGAUAUCAGCCUGGAAGAGCAACAUGAUUUCCUGGAAGUCAUUGGUUAG